UCCAGCAUAAAUCUUCUCUCUCAUAAAACCUUAGUGAUCCACAGAUUCCCCUCUCUCUAAACUCAGUGUUUUGAGUAGUUGUCCGGUGAAGUGUAUUUCCCCAUGGAUUCAAGUUCAAAAUCCGGCGGCGCGGUUACUCCUGCGAAAGCAAAAACCGCCCGAUCGAAGUUAAAUGAAUCCCUACGCCAUUCUGAGAAUGUAAAUCCGAACGUUCCGAUUCCUUCGCUGAUGUUCUCGAAUUCUCCAUUGAUCAUCAAAUCUGAAAAGAGCGCCAAGAAAUCUGCUUUCGGAAACCCUAACCCUAACCCUAAGCAGUUAAUUCGAGAGAGGAAGUUCGUGAUCGCGAAGAAGAGAGUGCGCAACCAAGAACAGAGUUCCCUGGGCGCUAACGCGGCGGAUUGUGAGAAAUGUAAGAAGGCGAUUGGUAAAUCCAAGUGCUUCUGUGUGGCGUAUGAGAGUUUGCGCGCCUCUCACGAAGAUUUUUUCAAGAACCGGGAUGAAAUCGAAGAUGAGGACUUCGAUUUAAUGUCUCAGAAGGAAGGCGUAAAACUUGAAAGGAAAUUGGAGGGACAUGGUUCUUUAUCUGAAAUUAAUGAGGAAAACAAGACCGAUGCCAAUGAGUUCACAGAAAAUGAUGAUACGGGUGUGAAGAGGAGUAGGGAUAGGUUGUUGGAUUCAGCAAGAGUGCAAGAAAGGACGCCAGGAUCUGGCAGGGUGAUGAAUUUGGUGAAGGAAUUUGAGAAGCUUUCGAUGUUCAAAUUGGGGAGUUCAGGGGAAAAUGAUGUUGAGGAGGUGGAGAAUGAUAAAGUUGGUGAAGAAUUGCCGUCGGAUGGACUGGAGCAACGACCUACGGCUCCAGAGGCACAGGUGUCAUCUUCUUCGUUCUGUCCAUCGAAUUUUUAUCUGACAUCGGAGAGCUUAGGCCUAGAUCUCCGUCGUUCAUAUUCUUUAGACAACAAAGAUGGAAGGUUUCUUUGCAGCAGUAUUUCAACCAUAACGUCUGCUGGUGCUCAAAAGAACAGGCGAAGUAGCACUGAAUCAGCUGCAGAUCGUGCUAGAAGACUCUGGAAGAGGAAGCAGCGGAAAGUAACCUCUCAAAAGCCUUUCAUUCUUAGAACCGAGGAAAGAGGAAGAUGCAAGGAGGAAGAAUUCAUGAAAAAGUUGCAACAGAUGAUUGAAGAAGAGAAGAAGAUGAGGGUACCUAUAGCGCAACGUCUUCCCUGGACAACAGAUGAACCCGAGUGUGUAGUGAAGCCUCCUGUUAAAGAAAUCACAAGGCCAGUUGAUCUUGUGUUGCACAGUGAUGUGAGGGCUGUGGAUCGAUCUUAAUUUGAUCAUCAGGUUGCCAUGAAAACGAAUCUGAUUGAACGGUACCGGAUGGAAAGAGAUAGACUGCAAAAGCUGGAAGAAGAAGAAGAAAUCCGAAGACUGAGGAAGGAGCUCGUUCCUAAAGCGCAACCUAUGCCGUAUUUUGAC